GAAAAAAGGUUUAAAGUUAAUAAGCGCCGCGCACACACUGUAAAGAAAAGUUAACAAAUAGCCUUCAACGGGAUCGGACUGAAUAGAUAGGAAUUCAACCCACUACAUCAUAGAAGGAUUGUGGCGACAAUCAAUAUAGAGAUGAAAAGUGCUGAAGAGAAACAGCGCUAUAAGAGUCAUUUCUUCAAACUAGGUCAAGGUCGUAUUAUUGCGGCGGAUCGAACUGAUUUCUGGGAUACAUUAUGGAAGGACCCCCAAAAUUCUGAUGAUAUCUUUGAAUUAUUGACUCCAUUUGAUAUUAAAACCAUACGAGAUCAGAAUAGAGCAAACUUCUUGACAUUCAUAUAUGUGCUAUGUGAGAAAAUAGUUGAGUUUUCCAAUCAAGAAGGGUUUCCAUCAUCUCAAUUGCAAAUAAUUCAAUUAUUAACUUGUACUCGUUUCCUUACAAAGAUAAUCCCUUUCUUAUAUGAAUUACCAGAAUAUGAAAAAGAAAUAGAAACUGAAAUCUUUUGGAAUGUUGAGUUCAAUGCAUUAAAGUUUAUAAAUGGUGUUAAAGAUUCAAGCUAUAUCACUCCCGCCAAUAAAGAUGAAAUCAUUGCUGUGAAAAUAUCCCGUGCUUUAGUGAAGUUGUUAUUUAUUAGAGGAUUUACUUUAGAUAGAGAUCAAACGAUUGAUCUUUGGGAGCCAGGUAUUGGAGGCGCUUCAAAAUAUAAUUCACCCAACCUUAUCAUAGAUUCUAAUAGAACUGACAUCUUGAAGUUAAUCCUAACCUUUUGUUCUUAUUCAUUAUAUCAAUCUACUGCACAUAUUGUUUCGUCAGGGUCGAAAUUCUUAACCUUAUUUGUGACAUGUGUUCCCAGAAUCGAAUUGUUGACUUUGGUCUGUUCUUUGACGAACUUAGUAUGUAGAUCAUCAAGAAGUUCAUCAGAUGAAAAUGUUUUGGUAUUUGUCAACAAUAGUCAAUUAACAGAAAUGAGACACCUUUGUGUCACUUACUCUGUAGAAUUGUUAACCAUGAUGACAGUAUAUCCCCUUCCAAGUUCAGAUAAUACCAAAUUCCUUGUGGCAAAUUCACUUAUAUCUUCAUCAAAGCCGUACAAUACUGUGAGAUUGUAUUUGGGGAAAUUACAUAAAGAAAAAGAAUUGAUUUUUCUAGGAUCAUGCUUAACUAAUAUAGUAAAACAUCCACUAUAUGUUAUAAAAGAACCUGAUUUCAAUUUAAUUAAAUCAACAAGUACCAAUCCUCCAUCCUUAUGGGCAACUGAAACGAUAAUGUUAAUUUGGGAAUUAAUUCAAUGUAAUAAAAACUUUAAACUGUCAUUGGGACAAAGAUUCAUUCCUGAGAUAAUGAUUUCUUGUGUUUUUAAUGUUAUCAGCUAUCAUAAUAUUCCCUCUCAUAAGGAUUUAGUAAGGAUUUCAUCCUAUUUUAUGUUAUAUAUAUCGUCAGAUCCAGAGUUGAUUCAAAAGAUUUUUGAACCUAUAGACUUGAAGUUUUAUGAAUCUCUUCCAGUCAAUUUCAGAACCAAUCCAAUUCCAAUAACGACAAGAGAUUUUAUAGUGACUCAUAUUUGCAACUUUCUUACAAAUUUAAAUCUAAGUAAUAAUGGUGGUCACAAUGAUAUUUCCAAUCUUCUCCUUACUACUCAUGUCGAAAUCCUUUACAACCUCAUCGAGCAGGUAUCACCAAAUGAGGAACUUCCCCAUCCAAACGACAAUGAAAAGAAGUUAUAUAAUCCAAACCCAAGGGGAGGGUUAUCAUACUCUAGUUGUUCAGCUAUAACACUGUUGAUAACUAAGCUUUCAACUAAACCAUUUCUUUCAGAGAAGAAAACGCAUCCGGAAUUGUUAGCGUUCUUAAUAAGAGCGGUAUGUACAGCUAUUAUAAAAUACCCAAAACCCUCAAGAAUGCUAUUAUUUUCUAUACUUAAAAAUGAAAAAGUAUAUGAUCAAGUGUGGACUACAGUUUACGGAUUUAGUAAUGAUUAUUAUAAUGGGAACACAUUAAAUAUAAUUGAUGAUAAAGAAGAAGAAAUAGUGGACUUCACAGAUAGUGAACCUGAGUUAUCUAGAACCCCUUCAUUUACAAAUGUGGCAAAUGUGGGGAAUGUGGAUGAUGCUGAACUUGAAGAUGUCUCAUCAGCAUUAAGAUCACGACCACCAACUGGUAUGUCUGAGAGAGCAAAAGAAAAACUCCCUAUGGAGAGUCCUCUAAGUAGGACAUGGGGUGGUAAUGAUGCGUUGAGAAUUAUUUUGACAAUAAUAAUCCCUCAUUUGAAGGUUGUGUUAAAAGAGAUUUGGUCUAGUAGAGAAGGUUCAAGUAUCGAUAGUUUUGUCCUCGUAAAACAUAUUGAAGAGACCAAUUUUGAUGAUUUGAUAAAUAGUCACAAGGGUCAAAUCAACUUUGACUUCUUGCCAGAUACACCCUUAGAAGCCUUGAAAUUCAACUGGAGUCAUAUAUCUCUUGGCUGGUAUAUGUCAUUAUUAUAUUCUACAGUGUAUAACUCAAUUGACAGUGUUAGGAUUUAUACUGGUAAUAAUAGCAAAAUCAUGAAGAAUAUUUCAAGUUCCAUAGCAUCAGUGAGUAAAAUUACUAGUUAUUUUAUGAGACAAGAUACCAGUGAGCAAAAUACUGAGGUAAAUGAAUGGGUGAGUAAUGCUCUUACGCCUAUCAAUCAAUGGUCUCAAACUUCUGUCACUCUAUUCAAGAUAGAAAAUUCGAAUAAUGAAGGUAUAUUUGGUAGAUUGAGUGGAACUCAUGCCGUUCCAGGUACCCCAGGUGGAGUCAAUGAUAUGGCAAAUCAUCUUGUUAGAAGACUCAGUGAUUUCAGAAUAAAUAAUUCAAGUAGGACCAGUAUUUCAUCAGGAUUGAGUACUCCUAUUGAAGAACAAGAAGCAAUGUUCUCUAGAACUAGUAGGAAUUCAGUUACAAGUCUUCAUUCGUUGAAUACCCUUAAUCGGUCACGAAGUAAUACACCAAGAAAUUCAAUUAGCAUGUAAAUGAUACUGUAUAUUAUAUAUGUCUAUGUAUGAUUCCAAUAUAGAAGUUUAUCUACGUCCUUUUCUUCCCUUUUUUUGAACCAAUUCGAAACCAUCGUCAUCAACUAUUGGACCGCUAGGUUCUUCAUCAAUAUCCAUUGAAUCUUCAUGCAAGGUUGGAAUAUUUUCAUCUUCUUCGUCGUCUUCUUCGCUAUCAGAUACAUCUGGAUUAUUUGGAUCUUCUUCUAUGUGAAUUUUUGCAACGUUUGAAGCACCUCUAGCUUGUUUUUCUUGAUAUUUGUUGUAAAGAAACUCUAUAUCUGUAUAAUUUUUGAUUCCUACAUCCUUGUAGAAUUUCAUUAUUAUAGCAGCAAUUUCUAACGCUGAAUCAUUAUCCACUUCAGUAUCAAAUUCAUCA